AUGAAUUCAUCUACCUAUACAUGUGAGAUAGUGGAAUCAAGGGAAGAGAUAUUACCCGAGUUCGAAACCGAUGAAAAACCCGAGAGUAGUUGUUCGUAUAGAUUAGCGAAAAGGUACUCGAUUGAGGAUGAUAUCGAUCGUCUUUUCCAGGCUAUUGAGAUUAAUAAAGGUUCGCCUAGAGGUCAUAGUAUGUCACGGUCGCACAAGAGUGCUCUUAAGAGACCGAUUAGAGUUUGUUCGUCUCAGGCGUCGGGAAUUGGCAUUGCGGAGCGAGUGAGUUUGAAGCAGGCGCUUAGAGGAUUGUGUAUCUCUCAAGCGUCAGAAAUGGCUGCUUUGAAGAGACUAUCGAAGCAAUGUGGCUCUUCGAGAGUAUCUGAUGUUGGCACCGGUAAAAAGUUGGUUGAAAUCUCCCUCAUGCCGGAGAUAUCAAGCUCAAAAGAAACGACAACUAGGUUCGUGUCCCGAGAUCAGAUUGUUCCCCUUCCACCUGAAGUUGAAGCUGACAAGCCAACGAUAGAAACCGAGGAAGGGCUAGGGGUUAGAACGAAUCUCGCUACCGAGAGUAAAUCUUGUCUCGGUUCUUCGAUGCCGGAUAAGGAUAAGGAUGAAAAUUUACCUCGUGCAUCUUGUCCAUGGAGGUCUAGCAAUGAUAGUUCAAUGGACAAACCGUCGAGUAUUAGUACAUGUUUGGCAAAGCCGAUAUUCAAUAACAUGAACUUCUUGAAGAAAAAGGUAAAGAAAGAUCUAUGUUCCGCAUCGAGCUGCUCUACUAGUAGAUUCGACAAGGAGAAUGGAAAUUCUGAUCUUAAGCGCGAAGUGAAAGAAAACGAUGAAAAACUAUCACCCUGCAGUUCAAAUCAUAGCAUUGAAGUUAACUCGAUUAAUGUUAAUAGAGAUUCAGAUAGCAAACGCGGUUUCGGGUUGAAUUGCAAUAAGAAAACUAAGUUUCUUCUUACAAAAGUUGACGAGAAAUCAAGAUCGAAGGAAAAAGGCGAGUUCUCUCAUAGCUCAAAAAGUAGCAUUGGUGAGUAUAGUACUAGUAGCACAAGCAUCAGUGAGGAGAGUAAUCUAAGCAGUUCGAGCCGCAGCGGCCAACGACCGCACAUGUCAAAACACUCUAGAUGGGAAGCUAUUCGUGCGGUUCAACAGCAGCAUGGUAAUUUAAAUUUAAGGCAUUUCAGACUGAUAAGGAAGCUUGGUAGUGGAGAUAUCGGAACCGUUUAUCUUGCAGAAUUAAUCGGUACUAGUUGCCUUUUUGCACUGAAAGUUAUGGACAAUGAAUUUUUAGCAAGCAGGAAGAGAACAUUUAGGGUUCAAACUGAAAGAGAGAUCCUUCAAAUGUUGGAUCAUCCGUUUCUUCCGACACUUUAUUCUCAUAUUAAUACAUAUAAGCUCUCUUGCUUGGUCAUGGAGUAUUGUCCGGGUGGUGAUCUGCACGUGCUGCGACAGAAGCAAACAUACAAGAGCUUUUCGGAGCACGCAACACGGUUUUAUGUUGCUGAAGUUCUUCUAGCCCUUGAGUAUUUGCAUAUGUUGGGAGUUGUAUAUCGAGAUUUAAAGCCGGAAAACAUCCUUGUACGCGAAGAUGGACACAUAAUGCUGACAGAUUUUGACUUAUCACUCAGAUGUUCUGUCAAUCCAAUGUUAGUCAAAUCAUCUUCACCCGAUGCAGAUGUGGUAAAGAAGAUCUCCGGUUCGUGUUCGGGAACUAGCUGCAUACACCCUUUCUGUCUCCAACCGGAUUGGCAAGUUUCCUGCUUUACUCCUAUUCAUUUGUCUCCGGGGGCAAAAUCUCGAAAGAUGAAGGCUGACAACGCAUGUGCUCGUCCACUGCCGCAACUUGUUGUCGAGCCUACUAAUGCACGGUCCAACUCCUUCGUUGGAACGUACGAAUAUCUUGCUCCAGAGAUCAUCAAAAGCGAAGGCCAUGGAAACGCUGUAGAUUGGUGGACUUUUGGUAUACUUUUGUUCGAGCUUUUAUACGGAAAAACUCCCUUCAAAGGUCCAUCAAACGACGACACAUUAUCCAACGUCGUGUCGCAGAACCUUAAGUUUCCAGGUACUCCUAUAGUCAGUUUUCAUGCAAGAGAUUUGAUCAGAGGAUUGUUGAAUAAGGAUCCAGAAAGCCGAUUAGGUUCUGUAAAAGGCGCUGCGGAAAUAAAACAGCAUCCUUUCUUUGAUGGCCUCAACUGGGCUCUAAUACGAUGCGCUGCACCACCGGAGCUCCCAAACUUCCACGAUUUCGGAACUAGUGCUUUACCUAUGGCUGCACAUAAGGAAAAUGCAAAUGAUGAGGAUAUAGAUGAUUGUGAAGAGUUUGAGCUGUUUUAG